CCCUAGCAAACGCUCCACAUGUUGCUUCCAUCACGUAAACAAAAGAGGCAGCUCUGAGGUGGCAAGAUGUGAGACACCACAGGAGCUGCUUCCUUUCCCUUUGUUUUCUUUAUGUUUUAUUUUGACUGCGUUGGUUUGCACAACACCUGAGGCAUGGAGAAAGCUGCCAUUCCGCCUCCUGAGGGCGUUGGUGGAGGAGGGAAGGAGGCAGGCAGUGAGGGAACCAUGCCACCGCUACUGUCAGCCAAGAGAACAGAUGAUGCCAAGACACUCUCCUCCAGCACAGUGCAAAAUGUGGUGAAGGCAGCACCAACCACCACUCCCUCCAUCAGGCCUGUCUCCCUGCCCCUCCUCACCCCCACCCCAUCCCCCAUCCUGCCCUCCUCCAACACUUCACACAUGCGGCUUGUUCAAACACCUGAUGGGAAGAAAUUCCUCUUGACCAAUGUGGUGAAUGUUGCCAAGCCCUCCAGUAACAAGAAGGUUAUCUUCAUGUCAAAGGGUCAGGUCCCGGCUGCCACCGCUGCACCCACAGCCCUGCCCACCUCGGCUGCCCCAGCCGUGACCCCGGUGGUAUCUGCCAAUAUGCCCCAGACCAUCAUUCUGAACCCCGGUGAGCCCCGGCCCCAGCAGCCCAUAGUGCUUAGGAUCCCUGGCCUCAACCAGCCCAUUGUGGUGCGGCAGCAAGGCACAAAACCCAAAGCAGCCACUUCUCUGCCCACCAUAGCACCACAGAAGGCCAUCGCUGCAUCCAUGCGACCCUCACCAGCCUCCACCAUCACCACCACAGCUGUGCCAGGCCCCAUCACCUCCCCUGCAGCACUGACAGCUGGUCCUAAGGGUCCACUUAUGUUGGUGCAGAAUGGCACAACAAAGUUCAAGGUUGUCGGAAAACCAGUUCCUGUGAAACUAUUCCCUAAGAUGACAAAAAUUGCUCCAAAAGGCCUCACUCCCUCCACUAUCCCUUCAAUUGCUUUUCCUCCUCUGAAAGACCUCAUUAAGGCCUCAGAGUCAGCCCCUCCUCUCCUCACACUCCCUCCAGCAGCUCCUGUCAAAGCCUCUCUUCCCAAUCCCCCGGCGUACCUCAACAUCAAGGUGAAGGAGGAGCCGAGGGAGGAGGACGCCACUGACGCUCAGCCAACAGUGAAGACUGAGCCGGAAGACCCACCAGAGGACAGUGAGGUGCCAGAGCUGGCCAUCAAGAUUGACGACAUGCUGGAUGUGCGCAUCAAGGAGGAGGCCACGGAUGAGCAGAGUGAACUUUUGGCACGUGAUGAGCAGCUACGCAAAGUUCUGGGCGUGACAGACACUGGGGACAGCGAGCAGGAUCAACAGCCACACCAGUCACAAGCACAGCCACAGCAACCAAAAUUCUACAUCCGUACUCCUGAAGGGAAGCUUGUGUCAAUAUCCUCAGAUGAAGCCAAGGCACUGGGACUCAACCACCUCGAUAAAGUGGAGGAGAACCAGAGGAGGCUGAAGCAGGCAUUCACCUCUGCCAAGGCAGCCAUGGUAUCCUCUUCAGUGGCUUCUGACAUCGCUGCCAAACUCAAGUCUGAAUCUGCCAACAUCCUCAUCCCUGACACUGUAAAUGUCAAGGAUUUUGUGAGCUGCCAUGUGUCCCCAGCAGCAGAGAAGACAGCAGCCCUCUUGAAGAACUUGGCAGGGCGACGACUGGGCACAAAUGGGAACUCUGUGCUGGCCCCCAAGAGCAACACAGCCAUUGUUGGGGAGUUUGAGGGUGAGAACGGCCGGCGAUACCUCAAGAUCACCAUAGAGACAGAGGCAAAUGGCAGGGAGCCCUGCGACGUCCCAAUAACGCCAAUGAACACCUACCAAUGCCCCUUCUGUGCCAGGGACUUCAAGACGAAAGACCAUGUUGUUUCACACAUCCGCAUCCACACAGGGGAGCGGCCAUACCCAUGUGAAGUGUGUGGCAAGCGGUACAGGCAGCGCAUUGACAUCAUCCGCCACAUGCGCAUCCACACGGGAGAAAAGCCCUUCAACUGCGGCUUGUGCAAUGCAUCUUUCAACCAGAAGUCCAACCUGCGCUCCCACAUGCGCAUCCACACAGGGGAGCGGCCGGUGCAGUGCAAGGUGUGCGGCAAGGGCUUCUCCCGCAACACACACCUCAAGCAGCACAUGAAGCUACACACGGGGGAGAAGCCCUACCAGUGCAAGGUGUGCCACAGACCCUUCCGCUUCAAGUCUGGCCUACAGGCUCACGAACGCAUCCACACAGGGCUCAAGCCAUACGCCUGCUCCCUGUGUGGCCGCACCUUCACCCAGAUUGUUGGUCUCAUCCGCCAUGAGAGGACCCAUGCUGGGGAGAAGCCCUUCAGGUGCCAGAGCUGUGGCAAGUCUUUUGACACUCGUGAUGCACUCAAGAGUCACAUCCAGAAGCACACCGGUGAGCGGCCCCACACCUGCGACCAGUGCCCCAAGACCUUCACUGACCCGGGGGCCCUCCGCUGCCACCGCAAGAAAUACCACACCAACCUGCUCAUCUGUGUCAUCUGCCUGCGUGAGGACUUCAAGGACCGCAUUGAGCUGAGGGAACACCUGCGGGCACACGAGCGGCAGAAUUGGGAGGAGACACCUGAGGGGGAGCUGGUGCCCUUGACCAGAGCUGCUGACAGGGGAAACUUCAUCUCUGUGGAUGACACCAUGGAUGAUGAUGAGGCCCCUGCCAGGCAGGAGGCAGAUGAGAGUGACCUGGUACAAAGUGAGAUUGUGGAUGAGGUAAACCACAUGGAGGUGGAGCUUGAUCCUGAUGACCCGUUGGAGGAGGAUGAUGAGAGUGGAGGACACAACGACCAGGACAGUGACUAUGAUGAGCACAAACUCCGCAUAGAGGAGACUGACCCCCUGGCCUAGCCACCGCCACAUGCUGGCCUGCUGCUACUGUUGCUGCUGCACAAAUGUCCGUGGUUAUGUGGAUUCCUGUUGCCCGUGGGAUGUAAUCAAAGGAAAGUGCCUCAGGAUAUUCAUUUGUGUGUUUUUUUAUUUGAUUUUUUUUCCUCUCUCUUCUUCCCACUGUGUUUGUGUUGUGUUCCUUCCAAGAGCUGGAAACACUGUGUUGUUAAUUUUUGCAAGUGUUGCUGAUGUGUUCUUAGGUAGUUACUCUAUGAGGAUAUACAAUAUUCUUUCUGGAAAAUUUGAGUGCAUGAACUUCGGAGGAUCAUCCACAUCCACAUUGCAAAUACCGUUAAGUUUAAGGAAUUUUUUUUCUCCUUUUUUUUUUUCCCCCUCCUGGUGUGUGAUGUGAAGGAAGUGAUAAUUCAGUAACAAGUGCCUUACUGACAAGUGUCUUCCAAGUGCCUUAGGAUACCUUGAUUGGUGCAUAAAGUGGUCAGUGUGUGCAUCACGUGAUCUAGAACAAAGUACAUAUAACUGUAGGACUGCACCCCAGGACUGUUGAAAAUUACUUCAUAUAAUUGUUUGGUUAAACAGUGAAAAUUUAGUAUUACAAUAUUCCAGAUGCUGAGAAGAAAAUUUGUGCCACAUAUUGUUGCCUUACCAGAACCGGUAGUAAAUAUAAAGGUAUUUCUCGAUUUAUGUGUGUUCAGAUUAUGCAAUUUGGAAAUAACAUGAAGUAAAAAAAAACUAGUCAUUUAUUUUAAAAAUUAUGUGAAUUUAUUUAGAGUAACAUGAUGUUAAGAUUCUUUGCUGGCAUGGCAAACCUUGGGAAUCACAAAAUUCCACAGGAUGUUUGUUUGGGCCACCAUAUUGUCAUCAUUGCUGAUCGCAACACAGAGGUGCUUCACCUUUAGGACAGCUAGUGAUACAUGAUAUAUGUCUUCAGAAAGGUCAGCGUGUGCUGUCUUGCUGUCAGUUAGAUGUCAUUACUAUAGCAAUGACGAUCCAUUGUUUAUUCCAGGUGAGGUAUACUAAAGUGUUGUAUAUAGGAUGCGUACUGCAGGGACUGCAGGGUGAGCACCCAGUCACUUUCUUAGACACAGCCUUUCAGGAAUGGAUCAAUAUAUUUUACAUUGAUUCUUAUGCAAAAAAUGGUUUUGGUUUGAGAAUAUGUGUACAGUAAAACCUCGCUUGACGAACGUCUCUAAGGACGAACAAUUCGGGAGAUGACCAAAAAUUUGUCAAUAUAUCGACCCAGGGGACGAACGAUAUUUCGGGGGACAAACGUGGUUAAACGGCUUGCCGGCAGGCGAGCUGUUUGUGUGAUAACCAAUCCGGCUAUCACACAACAACAAAACAAAACAUAAGCACAAAAGAAAAUAGAAACAGGAA